AUGAGCGCUAUAAAUUGCGAAAAAAAUAAGCAAUCGAAAAUGACGGCUGGCGUUAGGGAUAAGGAACAGGAAGAAGGUGCAGAAGCAACGGGAACAAGCUCCUCACAAAUUUUAAAAAAUGGGGCGGCGGAUUUUGUCGAAGGUCAAACUAUUGUUGACGAAAUUGGGAUGAAACCUUCAUCACAAAUGGCCAAACGAAAUUGGAAAGGUCUCUUAUUGGCUCUUCUUGUAAUAUUUGUAAUAUCAACUCUUAUCGCCUUAGCUUGUUUCCUUACAUUUGAUUAUAAAAUCGAACCCAAUUACGGACUUCCUCUUUCCAUCGGGGAUAUAUUUAUGCUUAUGGGUCAAAUCAACCGACCUAAUGCUCAAUUUACAAAUGAUAAUCUUGUGUAUUUAUCAUCUAAUGGUUCGCUCAUCGCAACAAAUUUGAAAACUCAUCAGAAUAACAUACUCAUGUCAAGUGCUCAAAUACAGGAGAAACAGAAUUUUACAGGGGUUGUCAGCGUCUCUGACGAUACGAGGGUGUUACUUCUCCGGUAUUUAUACUAUCAGAUUUUCCGGAGAAGUUAUCUCUCCGAAUAUCAGGCAGUCCUUCUAUCAAAAGGCAAGAAUCCGACAAUUUUGGCGAGAGUUGACAUUGGGCCAUUUGAGGAAGGAAAUAAGCAACCCAUGCUAAAUCAUGCUCAAUUUUCGCCAAAAUCCGAUGUUCUGGCGUUUGUACACGAAAAUCAAAUUUACAUUCAAAGAAAUCCGUUCAAUAAGACACAACAAAAUAUGCCCAUUCCAAUCACGCAGGAUAUCUACAAGAAAGGUGUUCUCUAUGGCGUUGCUGGAUUUCUUUAUGAAGAGGAAAUAUUGGGUGCUUCACAAACUUUUUGGUGGAGUCCAGAUGGGAAUUACCUGGCCUUUGCUUCCAUUGACGAGACUGAAGUCACAAAGUUGAAGCUGAUCUACUACGAAAAUCUCAACAGUCCAUUUGGACCUGAAGUCGUAGAACACGCUUAUCCGAUGGCCGGAGAGAAACCGAAACCCAACCUUCCGAUUUUGAGCCUCUACGUCUACGUGAUGUCUGUUGGUGAGCUCAUCCGAUUUGCCAAGCCACCGAACAUUCCUGCAGAGGUGUACAUGUCCUUCUUCAAGUGGAUAGACGGUGAGCGUUUUCUGUGCGGUUGGGUGUCGAGAAAGUGGGACAUGGGCUGGAUUGUGGUCGGCGAUGUCAACUCCAAGUCUAUUCGAACGGUAAGUAUUUUCACUCACACUGAAGUCUGA